AUGCGCGUAUCGCUACUGAGCGUGAUCGCGGUCCUCGCCGCGGCGGUCCUCCCCGACCGAGGCGCCACCGCGCUUCGCGUCGCGUUCGUCGCCGACACCGGUAUCGGCAACGACAACCCCGGUGUGUGGACAGACUGGCAAGGCAACAAGCAAGGGUACUACAAGUUGAACGGGGUCGACUGCCUCGACUUCGCCGGCGAGCCCUGCGCCCUUUACUCCCGCGCGCGUGAUGUUCUCACUGCGGCGAAGGACAACGGCGCGGAACUGAUUGUCCACGCGGGAGACAUGGACUACGAGAGCGCCCCGAGGAUGUGGAGGUACUUCGUGGACGAGACGAUACGCAACCAGGGUAUGGACUUCCUCGCCGUCAAAGGAAACCACGACGCCGACGGGUGGGACGGAGUACAGAAUUUAUGGAGCGGUAACCCCGAAGGAUACGCCGCGCAGCUGAGGGGCACCGUCCCCGCGCGCGCGAACUGCCGCGGGUCAUACGGCGAGGACAUGGUUUGCGACUACGGACCAGUCGCGUUUGUGCUCAGUUCAGUCGGCGUCGAGGAAGCCGGCGAGGGCUCAGACACCAACCGACGCCACUACGAGUUCCUCGAGCGGGCACUCUCCGGUUCUGACGCCAGGUGGAAGGUGUGCGUCUGGCAUAUGAACAUGGAGGACAUGCAGGUCAGCUACAAAGGAGACAGCACUGGAUGGGGCGCGUACGAGAUUUGCCGCAAACACGGAGCCUUCAUCGUCACCGGUCACGCGCACACGUACUCGCGCACGAAACAAAUGGCCAGGUUCGGCACCAAGCAAUGGAGCCACACCAAGAAGUAUCUUCGAGUAUCUGGAAACGACGACUCGCGCAUCCACCUUCAUCCUGGAGAAGAAGAUGGCACGAGCGCGGUUGCCGUGGUUGGCUUCGGUGGCUACAAGAACGAGGCGAUGCUCCGCGGCGGCAAACACUGGGCCAAGGUGUACUCGACCUCUUGCCUCGACGGCGAUCCCGUUUGCGAGCAAGCUUCGGACGAUGAGAAGUUCGGUGCGCUUCUAUGCGACUUUCCCGACGACCCUGGCUCGUCCGAGACUGAGUGCUGGACGGUGACCACCGUUCGUCCGGGCGCGUCGAAUCGCCAAAAGCGCCGAUCAUACCGCAACCCAAAGGACAGGUUCUGGCUCAUCGCGGGCGAGGACCCGGAUGCGGGCGAAGGGCGGACCGCGAAUACGUACUCCACGAUGUCGAGCGGUAACCAACGCUCCUUCGACGGGAGUCUAGACCGCAGCGAAUGCUUCGACGUUCAGCCGCAAGACCACGAGUGCAUCCUGCAAAAACGCUGGGGCAAGUGCGACGACUGGUGGCUCAAGAACGGCGGAUACUGCGCCAAGACCUGCGGGCGGUGCGUGGAGCUGCUCGAGGUGAAAGAAUACGAGGAUUACAUCGAAGAAAAGGACGACGACGACGAAACGAACGAGGCGCAGGUCCCCGCGUCGAAAGGCGUCGCGGCUGAGACCCCGGACGAGUCCGACUACAUGAACAUGGACGAAGUCGACUUCUACGCCAUCGCCGAGGACGUCCUCGAGGGCCGCGGGUGA